AUGUCAACAUUGGGAACAUUGCCUGUAAUUUUGAUCAGCAGUUUCGAAGAAGCGGCUGCUAAGGCUAUUGUUUCUGAACUCAUAGACAAUGAUGUAACGGACACAUACAUCCAAGGUGAACAAUCUGGUGAUCGUGUAUGGAAGCUGGUCAAUAAAUAUUACACAGCAAAUGUGAGAGUGCACAUACUGACAGAUAAUGGGCAGCUUGGUGUCAGUCCGGAGAGUAUAGAAGCACACAUCAUUCACCUUACUGAUGAGGAGCUAGAAGAUGAUAGUGUGUGGUGUAGGAGAGCGACGGGCGCUAGUGGAGCGUGGAGGCGCGCCGCCGUACGCCUCGUGGUGGCCGACUGCGAUGCCGAGACCGGCGGGCCGCUAGCCGCCUGGAGCGCCGCGCAACGUGCCGAGCUCUUAGCGUGGCGCGGCGCGCCGCCAGAUGACGGACCCGAGCGCGCACGGGACGCGCUACACGCGCACGUGUGGCCCGGCCUGCAACGAGAAGGCCGCGCGGCCCGUUUACCCCCAUUGUUAUCAUCAGAGUCAUGGUCGAGCUCGGGUGGGUCGGACGAGUCGGAUUCUGAAGCCGAGGAGCUGCGCGCCGUGGAGCAAGCGGAGGCGUUCGCGGCGGCUCUGGGGUCGCUGGGGGCGGCGGCGGCCGCGCGGCCCCCAGCGGGGGCGGGGAGCGGGACGGAGCGACUCGAUCACGCUGAGGCGCUGGUGCAAGCCUUCUGCCGCGCACUUGGCUACGACAUGGACUCCUGCUGA